AUGGUUACUCUUGAAUGGAUAAGUAGACACUACAUAACUGAAAUUGCAAAUAAACCUAAGGUGAAGCUUAAAGAGAUGAUUAAUGACAUCAGAAAAAGGUUUAGGUGUGUUGUGUCUAUAGGCCAAUGUCGUAGGGCAAAGAAAUGGGUCAAGGAGCUAAUUAAAGGUAACUUGACUGAACAUUAUGCCAGAAUAUGGGAUUAUGCACAAGAGUUGUUAAGAUCCAAUCCAGGUUCUACAUGUAAGGUGUGUGUAACUAUCAAUCCAGAUGGGAUAAACUAUUUUCAUAGGUUUUAUAUUGGUUUCAAAGCUAUAUGUGAAGGCUGGAAAAGAGGGUGUAGAAGAGUUAUUGGUUUGGAUGGGUGCUUUCUGAAGGGAGCAGUAAAGGGUGAGUUGUUGACAGCCAUAGGUAGAGAUGCCAAUAAUCAGGUCUACCCAAUUGCUUGGGCUAUUGUCGAUGUUGAGAAUAAGGCUAACUGGACAUGGUUCCUUGAGCUUCUAAGGGAUGAUUUAGAUCUUGAUAGUGGAAGAGGUUUGGUAGUGAUAUCAGAUCAACGCAAGGGUCUUCUUGAAUUUGUGAAAGAUAUACUGCCUCAUGUUGAACACAAGAAUUAUGCUAGGCACAUUUAUGCCAACUUUACAAAGGCUUUCACAGGUGUGGAGUAUAAGAAGUUGUUUUGGGCUGCCUCUAUGAGUUGCACAGAAGGUGGCUUCAAGAGGCAUAUAGAAAGCAUCAAGAAACUGAGCCCUUCUGCAUAUGAAUACUUGAUGUCAAAGCAACCAGAAACAUGUUGUAGAGCCUAUUUUGGAACAGGUUAUGCAUGUGAAGCAGUUGAGAAUGGGAUCUCAGAGUGCUUCAACUCAAUAAUAUUGGAUGCUAGAAAAAAACCUUUGAUCACUAUGCUUGAAGAGAUACGAAUUUAUAUCAUGGACAGGUUUGCUUACAUGAAUGUGGAAAGUGAAAAGUGGAAUUCAAAUGUUUGUCCAAAAAUUUUGAAAAAAAUGAAUAGAUUUGGGAAAAAUACGAGAUACUUGAUUGUAGGUUCUGGGGAAUAA